GAAUCCGUCUCGUUCCGCGCUCUUUUGGAUGUGUCUCUAGCAGACCAUUUCUGGCAUGAUCCCGGCGACCGCCUACCAACCUUGAACACUUGGCCAGCCACAUAUACUGUCGCGAAGAAGAUCUACCUUCCUCCACGCUGAAUUACGGUUAUGAGCAUGCUCUUCGUCCGAUUCACGGCUCUUUCUACAUUCUUGUUGUGCCUGUGAAGCAGAUUGGUACUCUUCUCAGCACGACAACCGACCGUUUGUGAUACCAAAUGGCCCGUCUUAUUGGAAUGGGGUCUAUACUCCGAUCUUGUCUGAAUGCUUUCAUGCUGCUGGCACUACUGGCUUCGCCAGUGAUUGCCCAGUUUUGCUCCUUCUGGAGCGGUAGCUGUCUCGAUGCUCUCGCUCAGACCGCUGUGUCCUUCACAUUUCCUCCUCUGUUCGAGGAGAACCUGAACCUCUACUAUGGCUUCGAUGCCAACUCCCGAGGAAAAGGCCAAGAGCCCAUGACCAAAGUCAGUUAUUGGCUUGGAUACGGUGCUCUUCUCAACAACUCUAUCAUCAACGCCAAUCGAACCUCCGAAGUUGCCUUGCGCGUGGGAAAUCUUACGGGAACGCCUUCAGGAUCCAACAAUGGCUGCGACGGUGUCUGGGGCUCCCAGUGCUCUAGCGAUUUGAAAACAUUGUUGAAGCAGGCUCUAUAUGGCCUUACUACCAGUGGAGAUUACUACGGCCAUCCUCUGGAUACUGUGCUGAGUGAGAUGCUUGUCAAUCAGCCCGUCCUGUCUAAUUGUCCUCCGCCCCUGUUCGACGUUGCUGCUAUUCCUUCGAUCGCGUUUGCCCAAGAAACCGAUACCGAUCAGACUGCGACCCUUCAGACUUCGGGUUCUAGCAACAGUCCGUGGAAGACAUGGUUCAUUGACAACAUGAAUGCCAACGACCAAGCAGCACAGGUUGCGGUGGCCAUUAUCAGCAGAGCUCCAUCAUAUAACAGUAUACCUCCACAAUAUGUGGAUGAUAUACAAGUAGAGCUUGUUUGCACACAGGCCCCAUCCACGGGGAGCUCUUCGUCAUCCAGCCAGGGUUCCUGAUCUGCGAUAGGCUUCGCAUUUUCGUGGGAAGAAAUGAUACGAACGAACACAUGAAUUUAAAUUCGCCGCCGAUUCGAAAGUCGCCCAGUGGGUUAGCUGAAAUAAACCCUGGUAUCGAUCGCAUCUCGGUCCACUCGACAGGUCCAUCCGAUGAAUGAGCCCAAUUUCUGUGAUAUGAGGCUGGCGUGAUUAUGCUUCGACACAGCUCAGAGGACUCUCCUGACACGACCAUCGUUACAUUGAUUUCUGGGUGCACGACCCCGUGAUGUACUGAGGCUGGAUCAAUAACACAUGAGCAGACUGUACCCUGAUGCUGCGACUGAGAUACUCCCAUCAGUUACCGGGAGCCAAAUGAA